AUGAGACAGAGGGAGGAGCUCAUGAGACAGAGGGAGGAGCUCAUGAGACAGAGGGUGGAGCUCAUGAGACAGAGGGUGGAGCUUAUGAGGCAGAGGGUGGAGCUUAUGAGGCAGAGGGUGGAGCUCAUGGGACAGAGGGAGGAGCUUAUAAGACAGAGGGAGGAGCUUAUGAGGCAGAGGGUGGAGCUCAUGGGACAGAGGGAGGAGCUUAUGAGGCAGAGGGUGGAGCUCAUGGGACAGAGGGUGGAGCUCAUGGGACAGAGGGAGGAGCUCAUGGGACAGAGGGAGGAGCUCAUGGGACAGAGGGAGGAGCUCAUGGGACAGAGGGAGGAGCUCAUGGGACAGAGGGAGGAGCUCAUGGGACAGAGGGAGGAGCUCAUGGGACAGAGGGAGGAGCUCAUGGGACAGAGGGAGGAGCUCAUGGGACAGAGGGAGGAGCUCAUGGGACAGAGGGAGGAGCUCAUGGGACAGAGGGAGGAGCUCAUGGGACAGAGGGAGGAGCUCAUGGGACAGAGGGAGGAGCUCAUGGGACAGAGGGAGGAGCUCAUGGGACAGAGGGAGGAGCUCAUGGGACAGAGGGAGGAGCUCAUGGGACAGAGGGAGGAGCUCAUGGGACAGAGGGAGGAGCUCAUGGGACAGAGGGAGGAGCUCAUGGGACAGAGGGAGGAGCUCAUGGGACAGAGGGAGGAGCUCAUGGGACAGAGGGAGGAGCUCAUGGGACAGAGGGAGGAGCUCAUGGGACAGAGGGAGGAGCUCAUGGGACAGAGGGAGGAGCUCAUGAGGCAGAGGGUGGAGCUCAUGAGACAGAGGGAGGAGCUCAUGAGACAGAGGGAGGAGCUCAUGAGACAGAGGGAGGAGCUCAUGAGACAGAGGGAGGAGCUCAUGAGACAGAGGGAGGAGCUCAUGAGACAGAGGGAGGAGCUCAUGAGACAGAGGGAGGAGCUCAUGAGACAGAGGGAGGAGCUCAUGAGACAGAGGGAGGAGCUCAUGAGACAGAGGGUGGAGCUCAUGAGACAGAGGGUGGAGCUCAUGAGACAGAGGGAGGAGCUCAUGAGACAGAGGGAGGAGCUCAUGAGACAGAGGGAGGAGCUCAUGAGACAGAGGGUGGAGCUCAUGAGACAGAGGGUGGAGCUUAUGAGACAGAGGGUGGAGCUCAUGGGACAGAGGGAGGAGCUUAUAAGACAGAGGGAGGAGCUUAUGAGGCAGAGGGUGGAGCUCAUGAGACAGAGGGAGGAGCUCAUGAGACAGAGGGAGGAGCUCAUGAGACAGAGGGUGGAGCUUAUGAGACAGAGGGUGGAGCUUAUGGGACAGAGGGAGGAGCUACACACCUCACUCUCAGGACUGCCCUUUGGACUCUGA